AAGGGAAGAGAUGGGAUGCGUCCGCCCCGCCACCUUCCGGUUCCGGCGCGCGGUGCACGGCGGGACGCUGGAGGAGCCAUUAGGGGUGAGCGCGGGCCCGCACUGAGUGUAGAGCCACAGCACUGCAAGCAUGUCAAUCGGAGUGCCUAUUAAAGUCCUACAUGAGGCCGAAGGCCAUAUCGUGACAUGUGAAACCAAUACAGGAGAAGUUUACCGAGGCAAACUUAUUGAAGCUGAAGACAACAUGAAUUGUCAGAUGUCCAACAUAACGGUGACAUACCGAGACGGGCGAGUGGCACAGCUGGAACAGGUCUACAUCAGAGGCAGCAAGAUACGGUUUCUCAUUUUACCAGAUAUGUUGAAGAACGCUCCUAUGCUAAAGAGCAUGAAGAAUAAAAACCAGGGCUCUGGAGCUGGGCGAGGAAAAGCAGCUAUUCUCAAAGCUCAAGUGGCUGCCAGAGGAAGAGGCCGUGGGAUGGGCCGUGGCAACAUCUUCCAGAAGCGAAGAUAAUUUUGGUCUUGAGUGACACUUUUUUUUCACUGGGGGUAUUAACUUGGUUUCAUGUGUAUUGGUGUCAGUCUUGCUUAAUAAAUGUUUCUGACAAAAA